UAACUCGGUAACCCAACACACUCGAGGUGGAUUUAUUAUCAAGCUUUUUCUGCCGGCAUGAGUCUAACCCACUGUUACACCUCUGCCAGCUCGAGCUCAGCGACAUCCUUUUCGAGGCCUCCCGCGUGUCUUUUUGGUGCUCGCGACGCGCCGCGAAGUUUCUCAGCGCAAUUCGACGCGCGCGCUCCAAAUUAACUACAGACGUCACGCUAGAAACUCCUGUGUCGUACCGAUCCGUUAUCCGCGUUGAUGUGGGUGUAGGAUGUCCUCAGAGGGAAGCAGAGUGUUUAAGGUUCACAACGGUACUAACGGCCCAGGAGUGCAGGAAUGGACUGAUGGCUCCAGCUAUGACGGAGAGUUCAUAAACGGCCUAAAACACGGCAACGGAACUUUCACCUGGGCCAACGGAGAGUGUUAUAAGGGAUCCUUCUACAAGGAUUACCGCCAUGGCAAAGGCACCUACUUCUGGCAGGACAGCUCUCAGUUUAUUGGAAAAUUUUAUCUAAAUCGAAAAGAGGGCUAUGGUGUCCAUCUUUUUCCUGAUGGAACCAUUUUUAAGGGUCUGUACCAUGCUAAUGAGCGCUUUGGACCUGGAGUGAUGUCAUAUCCUGAUGGCCACCAGGACGUGGGUCUUUGGUACCGCCACUGGCUCCUGCGACUCUGCACCAAUGUAAUGGGAGGCUUUACCUUAAUAGACUUCCCUGAACACAUGGCCCGACUCCCACAGCAACACCUUACACAGAUCCAGUCUCUGCCCUCCCUCACAAUGGGGUCUUGUAUGGAAUAUCAACAUUUCUUCACAGUUGACGCAUAUAUGCUGGGCACCGCCCCUCGUCUGGAGGAAGAGAAAUUUAUCCUUCCACCUGGAAUUGAAAGAUACUCCACUGACUCAGACCACCUGCCCAUACCCCUUCAACUACGUCAAGAGCUUGACUUGCACUUCUUUAACAGAAGCAAUGUCAGCAUGCCUUUGGUCCCUAUUGGACUACCUCUUCAACAAAAAAUGGAGGCUUAUAUCCACACACACAGAUUUGAGGUUGAAGAAUUGGACUGGGAUGUUAGUGCUGUCCUGGCAAUGACCCGGGAUCAUUUUGGACCCAAAGGACCUCUAGAGCUCUGGUCCGAAAGACUCAUUAAAGAGGCUUCACUUGGUGACAUCCAGAAUAUCCAGAGCAUCCUCAGAGAUGGAAAAAUUCACCCAGAUGUAGGUGAUGUGAAGGGACACACAGCACUCAUUGCGGCUACGGUUAAUAGUCAUAAUGAUGUGAUCAACUUACUGCUGGACAGUGGGGCUAAUGUGAAUAAGCUGAAUGAUGAAGGGAUGUCUGCUCUGGCUGUGUGCAGUGUCCUUUUCUAUCCACUCCAGUGUCUACAAGAAACAAUGGCUGAAAAAAAUCCUCAGGAUGUCACCACAGAGCCAGAGAUCAGCAUGUCCUCAACCCUGGCAAACAUCCUACAAAGGGCUACUGCUGAGGAAGGCCCCAAAGAUGUGGUUAAUAAAAAACUUUCGGUCAUAGACAGACUAACUGACCUGGAUAAACCUGAAGAGAAGAGCACUGCUAAGGAGCCAGAAACCCCUGAGCAUGCUGAGGAAAUUCAAACCCCAGGCAAAGAUGAAGAGUUUUCUCAGCAGGAUGAACCAGAGUCCACGAAUGGAAGAAUCCUGGUAGACCCUUUUGCUUGCCACCAAGGCGAUGAUGAGAGUGAAAAUGUACUUUCCUCUGAGACAGAUAAAAAACCCUGCAGAGACAGGAGCCAGGGAAAGGACCCUGCCUUAGACUUUAGUCCUGUGGUUGGCUUCCACAUAGACACAGCAGUGGACACCAUGCAGCAGACAGCUGAGGUGCUUUGUGAAGCUGGUCAGGUAUCAUUUGCAGAAACCCGGGGGACAGUCAUCAGGUUCGCACUUAUGAAAACUAAAAAUGAAGCCCACUGGGCCACCAUGAAGCUACUGCUGGAGCGAGGAGCAGACCCAAACGUGUCCAGCAUUCCGAUGCCAGUCAUUUUUCUUGCCAUAAAAGCAGGCCACGUUGAAGCUGUGCAGAGGCUGCUGGAGAGUGGAGCUCGCACAGACCUGCACCUAACAGCUGAGCAAAAGGGCUUGUACCCGCUUCAUGUAGCAGCUGGACUACCUGGACCAGAGGGUCCUAAAAUCACAGAACUGCUCCUGCAUGCUGUUGCAGACCCUAAUGUGAAAGCACAGGAUGCCAGCGAAGUAUAUGAACUAGACAAGAUCUCAAAUGAGGAGCAGGUGGGUAGUGGAAACAUGUUGUCCCUGGGCUCUGAACUUCCAGCCUGCAUUUAUAAAACCUCUGGAGAGGCACCUAAAGAAGGGGGAAGGACUCCACUUCACGUGGCCUGCCAAAGAGACACAGAUUAUGCAAAUGCCAGCGAUGUCGUCUCUAUUCUUCUCUCUCACAAAGCAAGCACAGACCAUCUGUGGAGUGGCCAUUCUCCUCUCUCCCUGGCCAUCGCCAGUGGCAACGACCUUGCGGUGGAUGAGCUUCUGGCUGCUGGAGCUGAUCCUAACCUGCCUCUCUCCUGCCGAGUGGGCAAUGCACUUUGUGCUGCUGCCAACAUCUACUAUAACCCUGGGCCUCGUCUGCGCAACAGAAUCAAACUGGUCGAGAGGCUGGUAAAGGCUGGUGCCAAUAUCCUGAUGCCUGUGGUGGUUGGUGAGAAGAAAAGGAGUACCAUAGGAACAGCAGUGGAUUAUGCUCAUUAUAUGUUUAACAAGGACUGGCGAGUUGCUCACAUCCCUUACCACACACUAAAACCGCAAGAAAGGGAGGCCUACAAUGCUCGCCGUGACCUCAUCACCACGCUGGCAGAGCUGAUGAGAAAGGCUGCCACCAGCAUGGAGAAGCAGCGUCUGGAAAUUGAGAAGAGCCAAGGCAUACACCGUGUUAGUCCCACAGACAAGUUUGUCUUUACAAGAACCACAGGAACCACUCCUACAGAUAAAACGAGAGUGCAUAUAGCCAUAGAGGAGCAAAGAGGAUCUGUAGAUGAGUCUACAGCUGAAAAAAGGCCACUGAGCAAAGACGAAGCUAAUACCAUGACUGUCAGGAAACCCUUGUUUAAGUACUGUUACCAGUGUGGCCGUUCAGCAUGGGUGACUCUGACACCUUGUAGUCGCUGCCAUGAAGUGUUCUACUGCAGUAAGACGUGUAAGCUGAAGGCCUGGAAUGAACGCCAUAAGGAGGAGUGCAUCCGCUUGCCAGGGACUGGACGUCCUGAGGGUAGUCAUGUGUCUGGUGGCCAACGGUGUCUUCUUUCAAGCAAAAGCUCCAGAAAAGGCAAUGAUCUGAAUUUAAAGUUGGAAAAACCAAACUCAAGCAAGGCGGCCACACCUACCUUCAUACAACAGGAUCAUCCUGAAGAAAAUUACAGUUUUAUUUGAUUGUGUCCAGUUUGGUGGCAGGUCUGCGUUUGUAUUACCGUCUGAACAGCAGACUGAUCAAGACCAGCACCAUGAUUUGGAAGGCAGAUGGUAUAGUUGGGCUUCCGCCACCU